GGAGUAAUCCGCAAGGCUGAACGGAUUCCUUGGAUAAUGCGAUCCACGGGGCCCGCGGGAUCCAGCGACGCGAGUCGAUGCCAAUCGUAAGCAAGCAUUUGCACCCCUAUAGAUAGAUAUCGUCAGGGGAGAUGAAUUACUCCGUCUGACCCGCCUGGCUCAAUGACAGGCAGAGGGAUAAAUCAGACAAAUCAUGUUAACAAUAAUCAAUAGGCAGUCAUUGGAUUUCCGUGCCCGGCAUUCCGAGUUCCGACCUUCCGAGAGUCCUAAAGGGGAAAGAGAGGAUGCCUGGCUGGCCCCCGGUGUGAACGAAGCUGAUUCGCCAGGUCGGAAAGUGUGACUCAGGCCGCGGCGGGGGGGCAGUCACGGGAUGCUAUUUUGGGGAUGGGUUUUCCCCUUCGUCGCUUGUCCACUCACCACUGUCCAGGACUCCAGUCACCGUGUCCCACUGUCCAGUGUCCACUGGUCCAACGCAUCCCAGUUUCAGCCCUACGGUGUCAGGGCCCAUUCAGAGUUUAGGCAUCCUCGAAUCGUCCCUCUCGUCUUACUCUCUUUGGCUUCCCCCCCCCCCCUCUUCUCACCUCUCAGCCUCCGCCGUGGUCCAUUCACACGCCGGCCUCGGACCACUAACCUGCUUCAUCCGCGCUAUGCUGGGACUAAUUCCUGCCCACGGAAUUUCCUCAAAUCACCGCCGGCCUCUCGCUGCACUGCUGCAGCCUUAUGGCUCCCAAGGUCCCCCCCGGAGAACCGCACCGACAUUUGGACGGUGGUGUCUCCAGCGGCCCACGGCUCCGAGUUACAAUUUCCACAGGGCCAACUCUAUCGCUGACCCUCGCCUCAGCUGAACCUGCCGGCCACACGAGGUCCAGCUCCCCAAUGAUGCCCGCCUGACUGCCGGCUGCAGGCCUCCU